UGUACCUUCGAUAUCCGACGAAUUAAUCGUUAUUUACGUGAGUUGUACGGACGUUCGAUGUUUACUUAAUGAGCUCGUUAUUAAGCACAUUAUCAUCUGGGCAAGGAUCAUUUUCAUAAACGAAUGUACACGAUUAGCUUCUAUUCCAAGGAACGAACGUGUUCCUUUGAAAUGUUAAUUUACAAAUGUCCCAUUCUUCUUUGAUUAAUUGUUUAUUAAUUUGUCGCGCGUAAAUGAUCGACAGAUUUUCUUCGAGAUUGUUUUUUUAUUAUUGCUAUUUUCUCUCUUUAAACUUUCAUAUCUAGAUGGCACUGUGAGACAGUCUUUGGGUAGCAUCCUAACAGUGCACUCGAUAAUUACGUACUCGUACAGUAAAAUACAUCAUAGAGUCAGUCCUGGUUGUUCGUUCUGGGCGAACGACGGCAUCGAGGAAUGAAUCAAAACCAAUCGGGAAAAGUAGAAAUGGUGGAAGUGCUCUUGGAAGCGGGCGGACAGGAAGUGGCAGUCGCCGAAAGUGGUUCGAGAGCUGGCACCCCGACGGAGUAUGCGCCAACUGAUAUGCAAUCGCCCGUCGAAAACGUCGAGAAGCUUACGGCCAUACAGGAGUUUUACGAUGGCCAAUGUAUAUUCGUUACCGGCGGCACGGGCUUUCUCGGAAAAUUAUUAAUCGAGAAAUUGUUGAGGGGAUGUCCUGGUAUUUGUUGCAUUUACGUUCUGAUUCGUUCGAAAAAAGGAAAGGACGUGCUUCAACGCACGGAAGAACUGAUUGAAGAUCCGUUAUUUUCGACGCUGAGAGAGGAGCAACCAAAAUUCCAACAUCGCAUAGUAGCGAUCGAGGGCGAUUGCAUUUUGCCGGAUCUCGGUAUCUCGAUGACCGAUAGAGCUACAAUUAUACGCGAGGUCUCCAUUGUCUUUCAUGUCGCCGCGACCGUAAAAUUCAACGAGAAAAUUAAAUCGGCGACGGCUAUUAACGUUCGAAGCCUGAAGGAUUUGUUAAAUCUGUCAAAAGAAAUGCCGAAACUGAAGAGUUUCGUUCACGUAUCCACUGCUUUUGCAAAUUGCCUACAAAAUCCGAUCGAGGAGAGGUAUUACGAUCCACCGAUAGAUUCGGACAAGUUGAUCGAUCUGAUGGAUUGUUUGGACGAGAAAUUGCUCGACGAUAUUACACCGCAAUUACUUGGAAUAUGGCCAAAUACAUACGUUUAUACGAAAUCGGUCGCCGAGAACGUAGUAAAAAAGCAAGCCGGCUCGAUACCGAUUGGAAUAUUUCGUCCAGGAGUUGUGAUAUCCACCUAUCGGGAGCCCAUUCCAGGAUGGAUCGAUAAUAUGUACGGACCGAUAGGAAUCGUAGCGGGUGCUGGAAUGGGACUGAUACGAUCUCAUCAUUGCGAUGGAUCGCUAAAAGUUAACUUGGUACCCGGAGAUUUGACGAUCAAUGCGCUAAUCGCUAGUGCCUGGGACAUUGCCAAUAAUAAAAGAUCCAACGAAGAUACUCCUAUUUAUAAUUACAUAUCUAAGGAUAAUCCAAUUACCUACGACGAACUAAAAGACAUGUCUGCCAAGUACGGACUAUUAAUACCGACUAAAGAAUCAAUUUGGUAUUAUAGCUUUAGGAAUACGAAAUAUCGGCCGAUCCAUCUCUUCUACGUCUACUUUUUGCAUCUAUUACCGGCUCUUAUAAUCGAUACGGUCGCGUUGUGUAUGGGCAAGCAACCAAGAUUACUCAAAGUAUAUAAUAAAAUUCACAAAUUUAUGGAUGUACUCAGUCACUUUUCUAUAACCGAAUGGAAAUUUACGAACGAACGAUUGAACGAACUAACUAGGAAAUUAACGGCCGAAGAUCGUAAGUUGUUCCUCUGCGAUAUGAAAGAACUCGUUUGGGAUACUUAUUUUCAAAGCUACAUCCGAGGAAUAAGAAUAUAUAUUUUAAAAGAUCCCAUUGAAACAAUUCCACAAGCUCGUAUAAAAUGGCAAAGGCUUUACUGGAUGCAUCAGACGUUGAAACUUGUUAUCGCUUCUGUCUUUCUUAUUAUUACAUGGGCUUUACUUUCCAAAGUACUUGUAACAUUCGGAUACGCAGAAAUGAGCAGUACAUUCGAAUGUCCGAAGGAACAAAUUCGGGAUCGCGGGGGUAUUGAUAAAAUUGAUAUUGAAGAAAAGGAUGUGUUAGAAAUAGAAUGUUGCUUGAGCGAAUUAAAAAAUCACAUAUCGACGUUCAGUAUUCUUCGAAACUUGGUACCGUACUCGUAUCCGCCUCUGCUGCCUUUCCUCAAUAUCAUUGGACUUGAAUCAGGACAAGGAAUCGUAUCAAAAGAAAAAAAAAAGAAAAAAAAAAUGGAACUGUCCGAUUUGGGAGAGACAAAUAACAAUGAUAUCUCGGAGCUCAAGUUCGAUGAAAAGAAAACUCGGCGCGGGACACCGAUACAAGAAUUUUACGCUGGACAAAGGAUUUUAAUAACGGGUGGUACAGGCUUUUUAGGGAAAAUCUUGAUAGAGAAACUUUUGCAAAGUUGCCCUAACGUUGCUCGUCUUUACUUGCUGAUGCGACCAAAAAAGGGAAAAAAUACGCAAGCUCGGAUAGAAGAAUUGUUCCAGGAUCGUGUUUUUGAUCGAAUAAAGAGAGAGGUACCAAAGUAUCGCGACAAGAUCGUCGUCAUAUGCGGAGAUUGUAGCGUCGAGGAAUUAGGAAUUUCGGCCGAAGAUCGUAGGACGCUCAUAAACGAGGUGUCGAUAGUCUUUCACGUGGCAGCAACGGUCCGAUUCAACGAGAAACUGAAGCUCGCAACUAUCAUAAACGUUUGUAGUACCAAUGAUCUAUUGGAAUUGUGCAAAUCUAUGCCGAACCUGAAGGCAUUGGUUCACGUAUCGACGGCCUACGCGAAUUGCUUUGAAAAACGAAUCGAAGAACGCUUUUACAAUUAUUCCAUUAAUCACGAGGAACUCAUGAGAUUAACGAACGAAUUGUCGGAAGAAGAACUCGGGAAUAAGUUUCAGUGCAUCAAGAAAAUAUGGCCGAACACGUACACAUUCACAAAAGCUAUGGCGGAAAAUCUUAUAAGAGAGAAACACGGGAAUCUACCGAUAGGAAUAAUUCGACCUGCUAUAGUCAUAUCGACGGCUAACGAACCUACAGAAGGAUGGCUGGACAACAUUUAUGGACCAAACGGGAUUGCCGUUGCCGUUACAACCGGUAUUUUAAGGGUGAUGCAAUGCGAUGCCAAUAGCAUCGCCGAUAUAAUACCCGUCGAUAUCACCAUAAAUACCUUGAUCGUAUCCGCAUGGGACAUUUAUAUGCAAACAAAUAGAAAAGGAAAUGACGUGCUCAUAUAUAACGUCGUAGCAUCGGUGGAUGCACCUCUAACAUGGUACGAGUAUAAUAAAUGGACUUACCCUCACAUUGCUCACUAUCCACCGAGCUCUAUGUAUUGGUAUCCAACCAUCAUAACCACCAAAUAUAAGUCGCUCUACAAAUUCUUGUCUAUAUUCCUUCACUUAAUACCAGCGAUUCUCAUAGAUACAGCGUUAAUCUGCGUCGGCCAGAAGCCAAGGAUGCGAAAAAUAAUAGGAAAAAUUACCAACUUUUGCGAUAUCAUAUCGUUCUUCAGCACCGGAAAUUGGAUAUUUAACAAUGACAACGUACAAAACAUGUGGCAUAGAUUAAAUUCGAAGGAUCAACAACUUUUUAGAUUUAAUAUGACCAAUUUUGAUUGGAAGAUUUAUUUUCGAAAUUAUAUUAAAGGAAUACGCCUUUAUAUAUUCAAGGAAGAUCCAGAUAAUUUAGAGGACAGUAAAUUGAGGUGGAAAAGAUUGUAUUGGAUGCAUCAAGUCUUGAAAACAUUCAUCAUUUUAGGCAGCACUUGGACGAUUUGGAAAAUAUUUGAUAAAAUAUUUUCUUAACUCGAGCAGGCAGGUGCAUCGAUUGUGUGCGUCUUUUCACAUGGUCAAGAAUAAUGCGCGCGAUUUAGGAUUUAUAAUUUCCCAUAUAAAUAUUUCUUUUAAAGAAUGCCAAAGCAAAGAUACACGAACACAAAUAAACAAAAAAAAAAAAAAAAAAAAAAA